AUGGAGAGCAUUUUGCAACAUCAUAUGGGAUAUGAGAGGGUUGAGGCGACUGGCAAUCGGGGGGGUGGUUCGAUCAACAAAGGAGAAGCCUAUGAAACGGAAAAAGGAACGAUUUUCGUGAAGCAUAACUCUCAAAAAGGGAGCCUUCAAAUGUUCGAUGGGGAAUUUGCCGGAUUGACAGCUAUUCAUGCCACGGGCACCAUUCGCUGCCCAAAGCCGAUAAAAGUGAUUGAUUUAGGAGAUUCGGGUGCUUGUCUAAUCACUUCUUUUAUCGAUAUUUCUGGUCGAGGUCGGGGAGAAGUGGUAAAAGAAUUCGGGCGACAAUUGGCGAGAAUGCAUAAACACAAUGGAAAGAAAACAGAGGAUGAGGGAGAGUCAAGAUUCGGUUUUCACACAACAACCUGUUGUGGAGCGAUCCCAUUAGUGAACGAUUUUGUCGAGAGUUGGCCGCAAUUCUUCGUUCAAAAUCGAAUCACUCCACAAAUCGAGCGAAUCUUGGUGGAAUCCGGUGAUCGAGACCUCAAUGCGGCUUUUCCUGAGCUUAUUCGAGCUGUUGAUUCGAUAUUCAAAGGUUAUCAAGUUGUUCCUCCUUCACUUGUACACGGAGAUUUAUGGGCCGGGAAUUGGGGAUCGACGAGUGACGAGAAACCGGUCAUUUUCGACCCAGCGACUUUCUAUGCAGAUCCGGAGUUCGAGCAAGGGAUCAUGAAUAUGUUUGGAGGCUUUGGAAAAGAGUUUUGGUCAUCGUAUCACGAGAUUAUUCCAAAAAUUGCCGGCCGGGAGCGUCGAGUCCGCUUCUAUGAGCUCUUUCAUCAUUUGAAUCAUUGGAAUCACUUCGGCGCCUCGUACAAGAGUGGAACGAUGCAAAUCAUUCGCGAGCUCACCUCAGUUCAAACACAAUUU